UAAUUGCACGUGCAAUCCCUAAUUUCCUCCUCCAUCCUAUUGCCGAAACCCAUAUUUUACCAGCGUUUCUCACCAACCAAACGGUACUAAAGAGGAAAAUAAAAAUAAAAUGAGAAAAGGAGGGCCGAGAAAGGAGGGGAACUACACGAAUCCAUGUUUAACGAUGCAUCAGCCAUGGGCUUCUUUGUUAGUUUAUGGGAUCAAACGUAUUGAAGGAAGAUCUUGGCCUGCUCCAAUUAAAGGCCGCCUUUGGAUACAUGCUGCCAGUAAAGUCCCAGAUGAAUCUACAAUCAAAGCAAUGGAGGAUUUCUAUAGGGAAAUUCAUGCAGUGAAUGGAAUUACCGAUAUUAAAUUUCCAGAACACUACCCUGUUUCUAGACUGCUAGGGUGUGUCGAAGUGGUUGGCUGUUUGACAUGUGAAGAACUAGUUCAAUGGGAGGCCCUACCUGAAGGGGUUAGGCUAGAAGGACAAACCGAUUUUUGCUGGCUUUGUGAACAACCAAAGAAAUUGUUGGUCCCAUUCGAGAUGCGGGGCUUCCAACGUGUUUAUAAUCUGGAAAAAAAGAUAUAUGAGGCUGCUGUUAGAGGCCUUGUCCCAGUUGAUAGUCCCGCACCAGUAAAAUUUCAGUUGCCAAAUCCGAGAGAUCCUUUCUCCUUGAAGCCAGGAUCAAUUGCUGCAUCCGUUCUGAAUUCAAAAGCAUCUUCCAUCAAGAAAUCAUCUAGUCUCAGUGCAGCAAUAGCUGGUGCACGUGCAGCCGCUAUACAGUUUUCAAAGGACCAAAAUAUUCGUACAAAUACCAUACCAAAUAAUACACAUGAUUCGACAUCAACUGAAACACAGACAAUAUUUAUAGACGACUAUAGAAUACCCAAUGGUAACUUGAAGGAAGGAUCCAUAGAAGCAAAUGCAGCCUCAAAGCAAAGUGACGAUGUUGAGGAAGAGGGAAGCAGUAGUCGCAGUCAACCUACUGCGCGUCUGAAACAGGACACCGGUGCCCCAUCUAAGAUUUUUGCUGCGGCGUUAAGGGGGCUGAAGCCAUCAUGAAUCUCCAAGUUCUCAAAUAGUUUUUAGGGCAAGGAGCUUGUAUAAUACAUUUUCUUCAUUAAUUUUUUUCCAUUUGUAUGUACAAUGAAAUUCUCCUUGGAUGUUUCUGGUUCAAAGGGCUUGAUUUUAUGUGCUUAACUUCCAUGGAUGGAUGUAACUUCCAAAAA